AUGGCGCCGCCGUGUUUUAUCUUCCCGGUGUCCCAGCUACCAGAACGCGUGCAAUCGAAUGUUCACGGCAAACGACGCAAGCACGCCGACCCGCGCACGCGCACCGUCGAGCUCUCAGCCUGCGAGUUCUUCGAGAUGCUGCAGUACAAUUGCGAGGUACAGAGGCCUGUCACACGCGACAGUAUUGUGCAGUGCUUUCCCGUGCCGCGGGCUUUUCGAAGAUGUCAAGAUAAGAAAGGCACUUUUACAGUCGAGACGACUUCUUGGGAAGGUACAUAUACGCAAGAUAGCAACCCGACGUCGUCAUCUACGGCUGACGGCGGUGAGUCCAAGCCACUGCGUCAGUGGUCGACGAGCUGGAAUAGGGCCGAGCUCCAAGGAUAA